UACAUCUAUACUAACUAUAGAUCUAGUCAAUCUAGUCUAGACUCUAAUACUUGUAAUACUCUGUAGAUCUAGUUUAUGGACUAGAAUUGACUAAAUCUAGACUAGUGACAAUCUAGUCUAUAUCUACAUUUCUAUUUAUACUAGAGAUCUAGAUUUAGAUCUAAUCCAGAAGUCUCAGUCCUGGUCUAAAAUGGGGAAACUACAGUUUUAUUCCAUUACUUUCAACAAUGGAAGUGGAGUAUACUACGCUGGUAACUGUGUGCAAGGCUAUGUCACUUUAACCUUGAAAGAGUCUAUGAAAAUGAGAGGUAUAAGACUAAAGUUUGAAGGUAAAGCUUAUGUACAUUGGUCUGAGAGACAUACCACUGGUACUGGUGAAAAUAGACGCACAACUACUAGACAUUAUUCUGCACAUGAGAAGUAUUUUGAACAAGAAUUUCUUCUCUUUGGAAUAUGGCCCAAUCAAGGCAGUGAUACUAAAGAGCUUCCUGCAGGCACCUACACAUACCCUUUCCAGUUUCAGUUACCUCAUGGACUUCCCUCUUCCUUUGAAGCUUACUAUGGUCAUGUCAGAUACACAGUUAGCUCAAACAUUGAUAAACCUUGGAAGUUUGACCACAAGACCAAGCGUCCAUUCACUGUAAUCAGCAUACUGGAUCUCAAUCAGAUGCCGGAUGCUUCUAGAAGCCUCCAAGAAACCAAACAAAAACACUUAUGCUGCCUGUGUUGUAAGUCUGGGCCUAUUCAAGCAACUUUCCGACUAGAUAGAGCUGGCUAUGUCCCUGGCGAAGCUAUUCUAAUCAAUGCAGAAAUCAGCAAUGCUUCUAGUAGGAAAAUGGACAAGUCAUAUGUAAAUCUAAGAAUGGUUACUAUUUUUCGAGCGACAACAAAGAUUAAAAUGAUCCAUAGAGAUGUAGCAGUGGUUGCCCGCCCAAGUAUAAAUCCUCAUUCUGAAGAUGUCUGGAGUGGGGAGAAGCUGAUCAUACCACCUCUGCCUCCAUCAUUUCUAAAUGGAUGUAAUAUUAUUGAAGUACAUUACUAUCUGCAGCUGAAUGUUGACCCAGCAGGACCAGCACUAGAUCUGGAGAUACCUUUUGAGAUUAUCAUUGGAACAAUACCACUGGCUUCUAUUGUUCAACAAUUCCCUCCCAUGGCACCACCCCCUAACAUAAUGAGCCGAAUGUAUGCCUGGGAGACCGUACCCUCUGCACCACCCCAGGAAGAACUAUAUCCCCUACCACCUCCAACUGGCUUGCCAAAUCUUCCUCCACCCAGCUACAGUGAGGCCAUCACAGGCAAGUUUGACAUUAGAGAAGAAGGGGACAAUGAGCAUGUGAUGGGAAACUUGCAGUAUGCACCUGUGUACACCUACUACAAUUGGGGACAUACCCCAGCUGCCCUCCCUCCACAGGCCAAGGUAGAAGAAGAAGAUUAAAAGGAUCAGAAGCCUGAACACCUUUAGUUGACUAUAGGCUUAGAAACAGGGAACUAACAAAACUUACAUUUUCUUGUCUGCCACUAACUAAUUUGCAUCUUUAGUUGAUAUGUAUUUUUGUAAUUAAAUAAAAUUCUAAUAUUAUUAUUACAUUUCUAUGUAAUUCUUUCUCCCUGUCUCUAUCUAAUAGUUCAUGUAUUUUAAUAUAGAGCUGUUGUUGCUAUAUCUCUAUUUACAGUUUGUUUUAUUUGAUAAAUGUACAAGUUAUUAAAUACAUUUUUGCCAGUGAUACCUUUUUUUAAAAGAAUACUGUGUAAACAUUUUAAUUUUUUAAAUCAUAUGUUUAGUCAUUUGAUUGUGAGACUGCUGACUAUGUGAACAAAUUUUACUUAUACGUGUCCUUUUUUUACAUAAAAUGUCCAAUUUUGUAUACAUUUUAGAAAAAUGAAAUUGAAAAAAAGAAAGUUUUGCCAAAGACUGGGUUCCUAUGGGUUCUCCUGGGACAAGUUCUGAAACUUUAUUUUGACUUUUAAAUAACUUAAAAGAAGAUAUAAAAACAUUGUUUUGGUAAAUGGAACUUCUGGAAAUCUACAAUUAUCUCCUCAAUAUACAGGUAAAUUAAAAACACUUGCUCAAGCCUUUUGUUUUUUAAGUCACAGUCGCUCUUAAGAGUAAUUUCCUGACCAAGUCUACAUUAGCACUAACUCUUGCUGACAAAUUAUAAUUUAUAUUGCAGUAUUAAAAAGUUAGAAUGAAACAAAGUUUUAUUAUUAAAAUAUAAAUGUUUCUUGAACCCUGUAAUAAUAUAACCUCAUGUCGGUGCUUAAUUAUUUAUUUGUUAAACUAUUAUAUUAUCAUUUUAUAUGGCCUUGAAUGAUAUUUUUUAGUUUUGGUACCUUGUAUUUUGUUAUCUUCCAGAGUGUGGUAACCUUACAAUUUAUUUUGCAAUUUGUAAAAAUUUUGUAUAAAUACCUUUGGAAAAGUAUUAUUCAAAAAUAAUUUCAAUCUUUCUGACAUGAAAAUUACACAAGGACCAACAGAACAAAUUAUUUUUUUUAACAUACUGUUUUAACAUUCUGUUGUGAAUUAACAAUUAGUUAACAUGAAAUAUAUUUGUGUGUGGGAUGAAUGUAUUUCAAUCGGAUGAAUGUAUUUCAAUCGUUUAGAUUUUUUCCCCCUGUAAAAUUUAAGCAACCAGAUUUUUUAACCCUAACACUUCCAAAUAUAUAUGUGUGUGUAUUUUUAAAUGUGACUCAAGCAAAGAUAUGUGGAAUCUUAAUCACAUGACUAUACAGACCCUACAUCUCAGUUUAUAAACAACAACAAAAAAAAAGAAAACCUCCAUCUUGGUAUUAUUGUUUGCUUGGUUAAGUAUUGACAUGGACAAUAAGCUCAUUGUAUUGUUGUAUGGUUACCUCUUUAUACUCUUAUCUAUUCAUGUGACUUGUUGUUUUCAUUGAUUAAUAUUACAUUUUUAAUCAAUAGUAUGUAAGUAGUCUUAUCAAUAUAAUAUUUUUUUAAAGAUUGAUUUCUCUAUUCCAAAAAUAUCCCAAUAGCUCCUUUCCUAUAGGAAGAACUCAUCAAGUCUCAUUUAGAACAAAAACUAGAGCGUGGUUAUAUUUUUUCUUUUUUAGUGAAAAUCAGAUGUGUAUUGCUUUAUUAUUAUUUUUCCAAUACUUUUGAAAGGAACAGGCCCAUAGCCCCAGUGUAUUCUCCCCCACCAGGAUAAAAGAGUAUUUUUGAAGCUUUUUUCUAUUCUAAAGGUAUUGAAAGUAUAUAUUUUUUUAACUAGACUUAUUGGUUCUAUUUUUAAAGUUGUGUAUUUAUUAGUAUAUCUUAAAUAUAAUAUUUUUUUAAAUGUUUAUUUUUUGAUUUUUUUUUUAUUCAGAGUUACCCCUCUUUGUGAAAUCAGAAAUAGGAGCAAUUGAGAUAUAAGCAGUAGACAACAUAAUUAUACUCAAACAUUAUGUCAAAGAUUAUGUAAAACUGCACAAUUCAACAGGGCUCAGAAUAUAUAGCUGUGAUCUUCAUACUAUUAUCAGAUGUUUUUAAACUGCUCAGCACCAACUUAACCUAUGCUCACAUUCUUCAUUGUAAUGUUUCAAUGUUGAUGUCAUCUUUAAAGAACAUCUGAUUGUUAUUUUGUGCCAUAUUAUUUGUUAUGCUUAGCUAAGUAGAUGAUAUUUGGACUGAUACAGUUUUAUAGACUAGCUCUAAAGACAUGAAUACAUAAAGAAAUAUCUAUUGGGUCUACACAAUAAAUAUCACUAGUAGUACAAUACUGAGACAAUGAUUUCAAAAGCUAACACAUCUCAUCUUACUGCUGAAAAAGCUUGUAAUUGGCAGUAAAAUUAGGAGAUACUUUUACACGUAUGUGAUCUAUUUGUCAUAAACCAUGACAUUUUGAAAUAUUUAUUAUUAUAUAUACUUUGUGUUCUGACUUUGUUUUACACUACAGCAUGCAAUAUUUGUUGUUCUACUAUAUAUCAUCUAUUUUAUUUCCGUAAUUUCCCAUUUUAGAAAUACUUCAAAAUUGAAUGCACAAUAAAAAAAUUGAUGCUCA